AUGCCCCCGCGCCGACGUCCUCCUCCGGCGGGGGCCCGAACUGAGCUUCCGCCGCUGAAGAUCGUGCGAAAGAUCCUCCUACUCCAGCUGGCCUAUUAUGCCUCCGCAACUGCCUUGAUUCUAUUCACGACUCUGGUAUACGGCACGGCGUUCUCGCUAAACCUCGUUUUCAGCUGGGAUGCAUUACGAGGAGACACCACGCUCGGCUGGAUGCUCGGGCUAGUAUGGAUGCUGAAUAGCGGAAUUGGGGCUAUUUUCCUCCUCGUCCUUGUCGCCCGCUCCAAGCUCAUCCCCGAUUUCGCUCUCACCCUGCAUUUCCUACACCUCAUCGCGACCACCCUCUACACGCACUCGCUCCCCGGCAACUGGCUUUGGUGGGGUCUCCAGUGCGCCAGCGCGGCCCUGAUGACCUUCGUGGGUAUGUGGGCUUGUCAGUGGCGGGAGCUCAGACCCAUCAGCUUCGGUGGUAUCUCAGGACAAGCCACCGGCAACGGGACGUCGGGGUCUCAGGCCGCCGAAGGGAGCUCGUCUCGAGGAAGCAACCAGGGUGGUGAUGAGUACGAAAUGGCGGAGAUGAAGGGUGCGGGCGAGCAGAACGUAUAA